CGCGCGUUACGGACAUAGCCACGCCGCAUCGAUACGCGUAGGCGUCCGUUGCACUUUACGCGCGUAAAUUUAACGUCAUCCCGCGUUCUUUAUUUAAAUCGACAUGACGUCAUAGCCGUGUGAUUUUUUUUUUAAUAAAUAAAUAACAGUGCGUUUUUUUGUAAUGAUAGCUAUAUAGAUAAAAAAAAAUGGGUGAGCAAACGUUUAAUAUUUCGGACGACAAUUUGGAACAGCAUAUCGUUACAUUAUUUGAAAAAUUGGAUAGUUUACGUAGGGAUGCUAAUACGAAUGACACUGGUUUGACCGGGAGAGUGCCAGCGAGGUUGGAAUUGCGGACUCUUUCGUUGUGGAAGGCUGUGGUGGCAGAGUGUGCUGCGUCAUUUUUGUAUGUUUUUAUCGUGUGCGGGGCAGCUGGUGGCGCGGGUGUGGGAGCAUCUGCCUCAGCUGUGCUGCUCUCGACGGCUCUCGCUUCCGGCUGUGCUAUCGCUACAUUGACUUUAUGUUUCGCUCAUAUAUCCGGUGCACACGUGAACCCGGCGGUAUCUGCCGCUCUCUGUGUGCGUCGUCGCGUGUCGCCGCUCCGCGCCGCGCUGUAUGUUGCUGCGCAGUGUGGCGGCGCUAUUGCAGGUGCUGCGGCUAUUUAUGGUGUCAGCGUGCCAGGAUAUGCUGGUGGGUUGUCCGCGUCUCUCCCGGGAGGGGGAGGAGCGGCCUGGGAGAGGCUUGGUGCUGAACUCUUGCUGUCGGGGCUGGUGGCUGCUGCGUACUUCGCAGCGAUGGAGCGGCGAUGGACUGGAACUGCGCCAGCUCUACUGGGAGCUGCUUAUUGCGCUGCAAGCUUUGUUUCUAUGCCAUCGCUAAACCCAGCUCGGUCACUCGGCCCGUCCUUCGUGCUGUCGCGCUGGGACAGCCACUGGGUGUGCUGGGUGGGCGGGCUCGGCGGCGGCAUCGCCAGCGCGCUCCUCCACGAGUGGGCCUCUAGGAAGCCACGAGCCAACACCAACUCGAGAGCCUCCUCGCCGAGGGAUCUGGAUGAAUUGGACAAGCCGGCGUUCCCGUCUCAUCACUACCGCCACGCCUCAACCUACUGCUCCGCGACUGCCCCUCGACCGGAUAACACUGAGCCCCUGUACUCUGGGACGAAGUCGCUGUACUGCCGCUCGCCGCCGCCGGCGCGACACACUCUGCACAGGUCUGAUGGAUCCUCAUGUCAAAUGUCGCAAUCAGUGUACAGUAAGAGCAGCGCGGCGGGCGGCGUGUCGGCGCUGGCGGGCGCGCAGUCGCUGCUGCUGCGGCCACACACGGCCGUCACCCAGAACGCGCACAACGCGCAGCGCGACCCGCCCUACGGCGCCGCCAACGGGGUGCGCCCGGGACCUGCCGGCGCAGCUGUGCAAGAGCGAAGAGAAUCUGUAUACAGUUCGGGCACUCGUCGCGGGCCGCUCUCCUCCGAAGACAGCGCGUACGGCAGCUACGCACCGCAACACGCGGCGCACGCGCAACACGCGCAGCACGCGGCGCACACACUCACGCACACGCAACACGCGCGCAACUUCCGCGCGCCGAUGCACCCGCAGGAACAUUACUAGCGGCGCGCCUCGCAGCACAAUAUUGCGCUGCUUUUUGACGUUUAGUGUUGUGUAAACGGGCAAUUGUUGCCGUAUAAAAAAUUAACGGGUACAGACUAGAAACUAGUGAAGUGUCAGUGACAUUGACAGGUUGUGGCGUUCUGUCUGUCAAAGUUUGAAGUAAAAUUAAGCGGGUAAUUCCAAGUGGUUACAAUAACUAGAAUCGUCAUUACCGACAUAACGUAUUCUUUAUUCAGUGCAUGAUGUAUUUGAAAUACAAUAGUAGUUGCAUUCCUCCGACUGAAAUUUUAUGAUUUAAA